CAGGGGCGGACUGACAACUCAUGGGGCCCCCGGGCAAUAGUAGAUCAUGGGGCCCCUGUGUCCUUGCCCAAACUCAAAAAAGCCUAUGAAAAAGGUUCCAGGGGCAUCUCAUGGGGCCCCCUACUGACCCCGGGCCCUCGGGCAGUGGCCGAGUUUCCAAAUGGCCACUCCGCCCCUGACCAGGAUGGUUCCAGUUCCCUGGGGGAUGCUGCUCCUGGAGGCAGCUUUACUGAAUCAGGGAUUGCCGUCUGGGCUUCAGAAUAUAGUUACUGUAUAACAUUUUUUUAUUCUAAUUUAUUUUUUUUU